UAUUGUAUAUUUCAGAAAACUGGACCAAGAAAGAAAUGUAUAGCAUGUAAAAUAGUUGCCCAUACAGCAUGUAUAGGUCUUCUAGAACAGAAAAAUUUACGUUGCAAACCUUCAUUCCGAGAAGCAGGUGUUCGGAAUUACAGAGAACAAACUUUUAUGAGACAUCAUUGGGUUCAUCGGAGAAGACAGGAGGGGAAAUGUAAACAGUGUUCUAAGUCUUUCCAACAACGCUUUGCUUUCCAAAGCAAGGAUAUAAUAGCUAUAAGUUGUUCCUGGUGCAAGGCGGCCCACCACAAUAAGACAACAUGUUUUAUGAUGCAGCAGAUUGAAGAACAAUGUACACUGGGUAUACAUGCCGGUAUUAUCAUUCCUCCAUCUUGGAUUAUUAAACUUCCAAAAAAAGGGUCUUUCAAAUCUUCGAUACGUGCCAGUAAAAAAAGGAAAGCUUCAUUGAAAAAACGGCGGAGUCGCGAUGACGCUAAACCAUUUAUUAUCAAACCUAUACCAUCACCAUUAUUAAAGCCCCUCCUGGUUUUCAUCAACCCCAAAUCAGGAGGAAAUCAAGGGGCAAAACUCAUGCAUAAAUUUUGUUGGUUGUUGAAUCCUCGUCAAGUCUUUGAUUUAGCUCAGGGUGGACCACGUUUUGGACUUGAACUCUAUAAGAAAGUGCCUAAUUUACGGAUACUGGCAUGUGGAGGGGAUGGUACAGUGGGGUGGAUUUUAUCGACAAUAGACUCGUUAAAUAUCUCCCCACCCCCUCCUGUGGCUGUGGUACCUAUUGGAACAGGCAACGAUUUAGGGAGGACACUAAAUUGGGGAGGGGGUUAUACUGAUGAACCUAUAUCUAAAAUAUUAUGCAAUGUUGAAGAGGGCCAAGUUGUACAGUUAGAUAGAUGGAAUUUAGUAGUAGAAUCAACGAUAUCAACUGGUGGUGAUGUGAUAGAACCUGAAGAUGGUCUAGUUGAUGCUCUACCUCUUAAUGUAUUUAAUAAUUACUUCUCUUUGGGAGCAGACGCACAUGUUGCUUUAGAAUUCCAUGAGUCUCGAGAGGCCAAUCCAGAAAAAUUUAACAGUCGGUUUCGGAACAAAAUGUUCUAUGCAGGGGCUGGUGGACGAGAUUUAUUAAAGCGAAGCUGGAAAGGUUUUGCUGAUCAUAUCAAGCUUGUCUGUGAUGGAGUUGAUUUAACUCAAAAAAUACAAGAUAUGAAAAUACAUUGCCUUUUGAUUCUCAACAUUCCAAGAUAUGCCAGCGGAACACUUCCAUGGGGCAACCCCAAUGCUGUUGGUUUUGAACCUCAACGACAUGAUGAUGGGUUCCUAGAAAUUGUAGGCUUUACCUAUUCUUCACUUGCAACAUUGUAUGUAGGAGGUCAUGGUGAAAGAUUAAUGCAAUGUAGAGAAGUCAAAUUGACCACGUAUAAAUCUAUGCCUAUGCAAGUUGAUGGGGAGCCAUGUAAAUUACGGCCAUCUUGUAUAAAAAUCUGCUUUCGUAACCAAGCUAAUAUGGUGAUGAAACCAAAACGUCGAGGAUCAAUGCCGAUAGCCAAUGAUCCCCCUUCUGUUCCGGAGAGGUUACGAAUCCAAGUUAGUCGUAUUAGUAUGACGGACUACGAAACAUUACAUUAUGAUAAAGACAAACUUCGGGAUGCGUCUAUACCACUUGGAAUCAUCGUAGUAGAGAACAAUGCUGAUUUAGAACAGGUCAGAUCCCAGAUAGAUAAAAUACAAGAGAGUUUAAAGAAUGGUCAACAUAAUAGUGAUAAUCAGGAAUUAUCUCCUAAAUGGUGCUUCCUGGAUUCCACGACAGCAGAACGUUUUUUCCGAAUAGAUAAAGCCCAGGAACACUUACAUUAUAUAACGGACAUAUCAUCAGAAGACUUGUAUAUCCUUGACCCUGACCUUGUCACAGUUUCAAGGUCAUCUACAUUUUUAAAAGUAGAAAAUGGACAUUCGUCACCAACGAACAAUAAUAAUACAGAGAAUUAUCAACCAGAUCAAGAAAAGGAAAAUGGAAAUUUAUAUUUUCUUCUCAUUGAUGCAGCUAAAAGAGGUGAUAUCAGAAAGGUGAUGGAAGUGUACCAUCAUGGUGGACAACUACUAGCAGCAGAUCAGUAUGGCAUGACAGCUUUACAUCAUUCUGCUAGAUUUGGACACAAAAAUAUUGUUUCUUUUCUUAUUGCAAAUGCACCCCCUGUGAUAUUAGAUAUGGUUGACCAUGAAAAGGGUCAAACUGCGUUACAUAAAGCUGCGUGGUACCAAAGACGAACAAUCUGUCAUAUGUUAGUGGAUGCUGGAGCAUCAUUAACACGUACAGAUUAUCAGGGUAACACACCACGUCAACAAGCCUUAAAAGCUGAAGACAAAGAAUUAGCAGCCUAUCUUGAAAAUCAGGAACACUUUCAGUUAGUUUCUUCUGAAGAUCAGGAAACAGCAGUCUAG